AUGGAGCCAACCGAACGUCCCUUGAAGUAUGUCCGCGGGCUGUCGUACGAGUCGACUGAAGCGGAAGUUGGAGGGCGUAAAGGGCCGGAUAUGAGGUCCGAAGACGGAGACGAGCGGGAUUUCAGGGAGAGGACGUUCGAUUCGACCGAACCCGAAGUGGGGAAAGGUGCCUGGUCGAGGGAGGUGAAGGAGGAAUAUGAGGAUGAAGGUCUCGCGCCGGAAAACUGGCAGGAGCUCCAUGCGGCGAACGAGGCGGGGGAGGCGACAGCGGGAGGGGCCGAAGGGGAUGGGGACGCUGGGAGUGAGCAGUCCGGGGAAGCGCAGGGAUUUGGAGCGCUGGGUCGGGGAUGGCAGAUGGUGUGGAAGGACGCGAGGGGAAGGGUUUGCAGGGAGCCCGAGAAUUACGAAGACCUCGAAGAGAGGUUCAAGCCGGGUUACAUGGAAGAGGCGAUCCUGAAGUGGGUUCAGCCCGGCGAGACGAUACUGGGUAGACAUGAGAGUGAAAUCGAGAGUUGCAAGUUUGUAAGUGGAAAGUGGUAUCCCCGAACUGGCUGGUCCGCUUUUGAGGAGCACCUCCGUACGCUUGGUAAGGACCAGGCUACCGACGCGAUCAAGAGCCUCUUCGACUCCCUCCCCACUCCUAACGAUACCGUCUUCGACACGGUUGUCCUGGCCUGGCGUUACGUGACCGACCACUCGUCUGGGCUCGAACCUCUUAGGGCUCAGAUCGACUACAACGGUAAAGUCCAGCCGUGGCUCAAGUCCAACCCUCUCCGUACCCGUCACAUCGAGAUCAUCCAAACGAACUGGAAGGUAAACCCGUACGAGCUCCUUCCCUCCGACAUGACCCCUAAGACCUUCGGCAUCACCUUGCUCCAAUACCUUGCGACCAUGAGUAAACACAUCGGUAAAGACGAGGCUCAUCUCAAGUUGAAGCAGCAAGUCAUUGGGCGACGCACGAGUCCUACCGCUAAGAACAAAGAGAAGACCCUGCAGUUCUGCGACGUCGAUAUCAUUAAGAAGCGAGUCGUCCCUAAGAAAUCUCCCGGCUCCCAAUCUUCAUCGACUGGCACCAAACGUCCCCGCUCCAAGUCCAUUGUCGACUCCACCUUGGGCGACAGCGACCAUGAAGAUGAACGCCCCUCUAAGAGAUUGCGUAGCACCACCCCUUCUGAAGCGGCCGGCUCUCAGCACCCUCGUGAAGGAUCCCCUAUCGACUCCGAAAUCGAUCCCACCCUGAACAAGGACGAUGACGCCACUCAGCCCGGGUCGACUAUGACCGACCCCGUCCGCUCCCAGCCUCAAGCUGGAGCUGCAGGACACAUCACUCCCAACGUGGAAACACUGCUGCAGCCUGGUGAUCAUUCGAGAGUCGCAAGGAUCAUCGAUCACAGAACAGCUGCUGCAGUUGGAGGCUCUGGUCAACAACAAGAACAAACAGCCCCGGAACUGGGUGUCGGCCUUGCCCCUGCUGCAGCUGACUUGGGCUUCGUCUCAAUCCCUUUAUUAUAA